AUGGACUGUGGACACUCCGGCGACAGUACCGGCGGUACAGGGGCUGCAGUAACAUCCCACCCAACAGAUCGCCAUGGUGACGGCUUCAGUCCCCCCGACCCCACAGAACAGCAGGAUCACAACCAGACAGCCGCUGCCGAUUCCCAGCCAGUAGCGCCGAAGGAGUUUGCGCCGAGUGCCGCAGCAGCCACAAACAGUCACCAACAGCCGAUGCGGAUUAGCCCUGCCCCCAGCAGGAGGGAAAAGGGCGGGGGCAGCCGCGCAGAUUUAAACGCUCAUGCUAAUUGGAUAGCGCGCCUGGCGCCGGGCCGCCCGCGCUCGCCCGGGACUCCUCCGGAGACGGCGCUGCGUGCGGCCUUUCUUUCCGACUUCGAGAACGAUGGUGAAACCUUACUUAAGCCUGAGCUGUGCAUCAAGAUAAUAAGUUUCCACAACAUCGAGCAAGAGCUUCUCGUUGGCUUAGCAAAAUCAACGACCAACAUAAACAAGCGCAAGUUGUGGUGGAAGAUGAAGCAGCUGGCUCGAAUCCCAGUGGUCGAAGAGUUGUUAUUACUGAAAUGGGCGCUGCACAUGAAGGAACACCCGGACUACAAGUACCGGCCGCGGCGCAAGCCCAAGUCGCUGCUGAAGAAGGAGCCCAAGUUCGGCUUCUCGCUGCUGGCGGGGCCCCCGCUGGCGUCGCAGGCUGGGCAGCACGCGUCGCUGCCGCUGCCGCUGCCGCUGUCGCCCGGCUCUGCGGCCGCCGACCACCUGGCGCGCUCGCUGCUGCCCGCCUUCCCCUACCCGCUCUACCCGCUGCCCGCGCCAGCGCACAAGAUCAUCGACGACGGCAAGAGCGCCUUCGACCUCGCCAUGCAGGCGCUGUACUCCAGCCAGAUGUAUUCGCACGCGUCGGCCGUUGCGGCAGCGGCGGCCGCCUCCUGGGUGCCGUGCGGCUGCCCCCCUCCCCCGACGGCCGCGCCCAGCCCACCGCCGCCGCCGCCUCCCGCCUCCACGCUGGAAGGCGCGAACGCCAUCAAGCGGCCGGUGGCGUGUCUGCUGGUGAAGCCGCCGCCCGAGGACCUGUACGGGCCGCCGCAGCUCACCCCCGCUCCGCAGCACGUCAUAUGA